AUGCCGUCUGCUCCGGCUCCUCGUCGCCGCGCCGGGUCCUCCCCGCCUGCCUGCUCCGCCUUCCGCUACGGCCGCCUCGCUCGCCCCACGUGCCGGCUGUGGCUCCGUCCCCCCAGCGUCCGCGUGCUGCUACGCGCCUCGUUCCAGCUUCGUCCGCGGCGUCUGACAACCCCAGCGCCGCCUCAUGCGCACCCCCUGUUGGUGCUGCUCCUCAUCGCACAACUGUCGUCACCUCCUUCCUUCGCCCGGGGCAGCGCUGCUCUGCCCAACCGUAGCGCCUCCUGGACACGCGCGAGGGCGCCGCGCCUGGCUCCGUCGCGCCGGCGCCGGCGCCCGCCCGCCCGCCUCCAUGGCCGCGUGCUCGCGGGCCCCUGUCGCCAUGGCCCCGAGCACCCUGUCGCGCCUCUCCAUCGUGCGGCCGUCCCGACGCGCCUCCUCCCUGGGAUCUCCGCGCCGGCUCCGCCUUCUCGCCUAGCCGGCCCCGAGCCCGGCCUCCUCGCGCCCGCAUCUGCGCCCGACUCCGGCUUCCCGCCCCGAGCGCCAGGUCCUCCUCACGCUGCACGCCCGCUUCUGGCCUCGUCACGGAAGGCCACUCCACCGCGCCACCUGCGCCUGGCCGGCUGCUCUGCCUCCAGGCAGCGGGUCGGCCGCCUCCCGUGCACUCACUGCUUCAGGCGCACCAUCCGCCGUCCGCACCGCGCCAAGUCGCCCAAGUCCCGCCACCCGGCCGCCGACUCCCCGUCCGCGCCUGCACAGCCGGCUCCCGCCACCCAGACGGCCGGCUCCGCCCGCCACCCGGCUUCACCCACCACCCGGCCGGCCUGGCUGGCUGCCGGCUCCCCGCUCGCUCUUGCCGACUGA